AAACAGAGAGAGCUUUCCGUAAGCUCUAUCUUUCUCCCACCCGUCACAUGUUUUGUCCCACAUUUCGGAGUCGAUAGCCCUCGCCGCAAGUUGCUGCCCAACUGCUCCGGUUUUCUCACUCCACUCGGUCAGGUGACUUGAAAAAAUAAAAAUAAAGUACAAUGGGAACCGGCAGCAAGAACUACCAGGCUCCUGAAUGGCUCACCGCCGACUUCCUGCAGGAUGUGUUGAAGGAGCACUUCAAGGAGGAGCAGCUGGUGGUCAGCGAGCUGAUUGUGAAGAGUGCCCAAGUGGGUGACCAGGCGGCGGGAUUCGCCAGCGAAAUGCACCGGGCCAGCUGCAAUCUCCAAAGAGGCUCUGCUCCGAAAAGCAAGUUCUCGGUUAUUGUAAAGGACCAUCCCAAAGGACAGACGGGUGCAGUCGCCCAGAGGAGCAAGCUCUUCAAACGCGAGAUCCUGGCCUACAAGGAGGUGCUUCCACGUAUCCAGUCUCUGCUCCAAUCCAUCGGAGAUCAGACAAAAAUCGCCCCCGCUUGCUACUACACCACGGAAUCGCCGGAACCUUUCCUGAUCCUCGAGGACAUGCAGCAGUCCGGCUUCGAGAACUUCGAACGGGGUCGCCUGCUAAAUCUGGACUACGUACUGCCCACCAUCGAAAAGAUAGCCAAACUGCACGCCUGCAGUGCCAUCAUCGCCCAGGAUAGUCCUGAAGUUUUGGAAUUCUUCAACGAGGCUCCUAUUUCCCGGAACCCGGAUCGUCGCGAUUUCCUCACCUUUUUCCCGGUAAACAUCCGCUGCGUGGCCGAGGAGGUGGCCCACUGGAAGGGCUACGAGGAGAUCACCGAGAAGAUGUUCAAGCUGGCCGAGAAUGUGUUGCAGAGAGCACUCACCAUGUUCGAGAAUACUGGCAAGGAGUUCCGCGUCUUCAACCUCACCGAUCUGUGGAUCAACAAUCUGCUGUUUCAUAUCAACAACGAGACAAAGGAGCCGGACGAUGUGGUCACGUUAGACUACCAGUUGGCCUAUGUGGGAUCCCCGACCAUUGAUCUCAACUACUUCCUGUACGGCUCCUUGAAUGAGAAUGUGCGAAAGGUUCACUUUAAGUAUAUUGUUAGGGAAUACCAGAGGGUGCUUCAGCAGACCCUGGAAAAACUAAACUUCCAAGGACACAUUCCCUCCCUCAAGGAGAUCCACAUCGAGUUGAUCAACACCAGUCUAAUGGGAGUCAUUGGCGCUACUUGCUUAACUCCCCUGAUUUUCCGCGAGGGAGCAGGCUUCGAAAAUCUCGAGGAUCUUAACUCGCGAACGGAAAGCGGCGAUCGAUUCCGCCGGGAGAAUGUAGAAAACCCCAAGUACCUAGCUUUUCUACAGCGAACCAUCAAAGAGUUUGAGCUCUCCGGAUUCUUGGAUAUUUAGAAAAGACAGAGUGCAAAUUGAUCAAAAGUAUUCGGGCUUCCAUAUAGUGUAAGCAUUGUUAGUUUCAGACACAAUAUUCCAUGAGUAUUUUUUACACCCAAAUAAAGUAGCAAACGUUGUUAUAUAUUUUCCGAAAA